AAGUGUUUAUUUAUGAUCAGAUCAGUACUUCGUAUUCAGACGAUCUGUCAAAAACUAAAACAGAUUAAAAGUCAAAUGCGUUUGUUUCUUUCGAAUAAUUUUCUUAAUUAACAAUUAGGUGAGAAAGUGUCAACUAGCAUUUUGAAGUUGUGAAUGUUUGAAGAAAAAUACAUUGUCCAUUCUAUGAAAAAAAGUAAACAUUUUGUUGGGUUACUACUGUGAAAAUUAAUAGCAACAGAGCAACAUGGGUGAACCAAUAGGUACAGCUAUGGAUAGCUUAACAGCAGCUUUAAAAUCAAAAAUUAUACCCAAUCAAGAAUACUUCCUUCAGGGAUCAGUUAUGGACACUGCUGUGCAAGUGCUUCUUCAUAGACUUAGAGGACUUUGUGAUAAUCUUGAUUCUGGAGCUGAAUCAUUCCAUGAUCAUGAAAUGUGCUUUAGUAUUAGAAAAGGACCACCCCCUGAGCAAGGACUAUCCUUACGUGUUAGAAGAGCUUUUGAUUAUCAUGAUGCUCCUUGGCAAUUAAGAUAUAUCGGACAACCAGAAAUUGGCGACAAGUCACAGCCAACCAUGGUUCGCAGCAGUUUAGACAUUGCCUGUAGCAGUACCAUUGUUGAAUUUUUAACCGAACUUGGCUGCAGAUUAGAUUUUGAAUGUAUACUGCGUGGUUACAUGUUUAGAAAAGGUAGAAUGAAGAUCACAGUUUCAAAAGUCUUCAAAAUGGUGCAAGGAAAGACACCAGAUGGUAUGGAAGCAAUAUCUCAGAGUUAUUUGGUUGAAUUAAGUGUACUAGCACCUAGUGGACAAAAUGCCAUAGCUGAAGAUAUUAAAAUAUUUGCAGAUCAAUUAAAGCCAUUAGUACAAUUUGAAAAAAUAAAUUAUUUCACCAGACCACAUUAAAGUAAUAACAAAAAAAAGAGAGAAUAAAUGGAUUUAAGAAAAUAAAUUAGGGCACAAAUUAAAUCAUGCAAUGUAUGUGAAUGAAUCGCAAAAUGUAUACUAUAUUCUGUUUUAAAAAUAAUUGUAAAAUGAAGGGUAGACUUUUUUUUAUAACAGUACAUAUGAAAAGUUAUCAUUAAAAUGUUGAUGAGUUAAAAUGUA